AUGCUACGAGUGGCAUCGAGUUUGCGUCUGCUUGGACGAGCCAUCCAAACGACUGCAAUCGCCGCAGAUUCUACUCCAGAAUUCAGGGAAAAAGAAGCUCCGACUAAAAAGGAAAUUGAUGAGCUAUUCAAGACUGAUGAAACAAAGCGCGGAAUGCGAAUGGAGCCUGUUAAUAACAUCAAUCGAGUUGAGUUUGUUGGGAAUGUUCCAAUGGAUCCAGAUGUUAAGACGUUUUCUAAUGGAAAAGAAACCAUACGCUUUUCUAUUAUAACCAGAAAAAAUGCGAAUGAUGGCGCACCCGUACGACACACGCUCAAUGCUUUUGGGGAUCUUGGAAAUUUUGUGAAAGAAAACAUUAAGAAAGGCCAGAAAGUCCACUGUUUGGCACAUUUGCAUUACACGACUAUCGAAGGACAGGGUGAUGGUAGGAAAAAGCGAAUCAUGCAUAUCGUUGCUGAUGUUAUGUUGCGAAACGUUGGUCUUUUAACGCGCACCGCCAUACGUGGUCUUGCAACGGAUGCACAAAGCUCAAUGUCUUCGAUCGAAUCUCCUCUUGGACGCCAAAGUAAUCCACCCAAAUUUAAAGCCUUUUCAAAAAAUCAUGUUGAGUUGAUUGGCGGAGUCUCGCAGGAUCCUGUGCUUCGGAAAGCUAAAAAUGGAAUGGACUACACAAUUUUGCAAAUGGUUACAACUUACGGGGAAGCAGUCGAAUUUCACAACGUGAUGGUUUACGGCAAGCUAGUAGGCAUUGUAAUGGACAACACAAAGAAAGGCGAUCGUGUGUAUGUUACUGGAGCUCUCCGUUCUUACACGCCUCAAACCGAAGACGGUGCAAAGAAGAAUCGGGUUGUUCAAGUUCACGCAACUACCGUAUCUCAUUUUAUCAAAAAUAGCGGAAAAAACAGUGAUGAAGAACGGGCAGCCGAAUCGGAGCCUUAU